GUCGUCCACGUGCGUGUCCUCAUGGUGGUCCAUUGAUGCAUCAGUCUGUACUCCAUCUGUCCUGGCCGGGUUAUGGGGUCAUUUCAGGACACACUGUCGAGCUGUGAGCACGGUUACCUACAGACUAGUUACAAUGGGCCAUCAACAGGCAAAACAACAUCAGCUGUACACAAUGUAAACAUACCGACUGGGGAUCGACAAGAUGAAGCUCGUGCAAGAUUUGAAGUUGGAGUGAUGUUGUCAUCUAUGGUGAAGGAACACCAGGGAAGGCAGCAGGCACGUAAGGAGGAACAAGAACGUCGACGGAAAGAAGCCAUCCAGGCCAGCAGUAACCUCACACAUGCUCUUGUGGAUCAUCUCAAUGUUGGGGUUGCCCAAGCAUACCUCAAUCAGAAACGGCUGGACAGUGAAGCAAGCCAGCUCGAACAAAAUGCCACCAAUUUCCAGAGACAGACAUCUCAGUGGUUAGGUCUUAUUUCAUCUUUCACUGACUCAUUGAAGGAGGUGGGCCAUGUUCAGAACUGGGCAACAACAAUUGAGUCAGACAUGCAGACUAUUGCUACGGCUUUAGAAUAUGCUUACAAAGACGAACAAACAGAUGCAGAUAAACGCCCUACUCAUGCCUCGACUCUCAUUGGCUUAGUUGAACAACAGGGUGGCAGUGGUGGAGGCUCAACAAGUUGAAAUUUAAUCUUACUGAUGAAUGGCCAGACAGCAUUUACAUACCCUUCCAGUUAAAUGGGCACAUGACAUAGUAGAAUAUAGAGUGGUUUGUAAUAGCCCCUGUCUUAUAGGCAGAAGUAUUAUAUAAAUGGGUUAAUUACAUUUGAUUUAUAUACUGUAUCACCCUCUGUAACUUUCCACUAGCUAUGAGAUAGCAUGUUCAGAGCACGUGAUAAGGUGUGCACACGGGAAGCCGCUUCAUAUUGUGCUGAGCUAAGGCACUAAGUAGCCGGCUCUCUGGUCACCUAAUGCGGGCAGUAGUUUGAUAUCCUUGACUAGAGGAAGACGAUAUUGAGAGCCAUCGUGAAUGGUUCCGUCUUCCCUCGAGGGAGGAUGACGUACAUAUUUCCGUUCUCCCUCGAUGGGUCACUACUCAUAGGCAUUGUUCCUCAACCCCUCACACCAACCGGACGUAUUUCGCAGGACUAUUAACAUAGUCUCCGUCCUCCUCUUAACACUCAUAGCUACAGUGAUAAGUUAUGGUGAUAUACACUUGGAACUGUAUCCUAGAUAGUUACUGAAUAAAUGGAUAACAGACAAUUGGGUUUCGCUACUAAAACCCGAUAUAAUAUACAUGUUCCAGCCUCAUUAAUCCAGACGGAAUCAGCAGUUAACAGGCCUAGAACAGGUUUAUUUUAAUAAAAUUACUAUGUUAUUUUGAGAAUGGUAAUUUUUGCUUGAAUAUUUGAAAAGAUAGUGAGUGGUAUGGUUGUGGCAUAGGCUAUCAUGUGAUAUGAAUUUGGUAUGAAUUAGUCUGGUGUAUUCUUUUUGUAUUGGUGGUUUGCCUGUGGCAUAGGUUUUCUGAUAUAUGUUUGAUAGAAAUUUUGUAGAACUUAUCAUGUGUAGAAUACAUGUGGCACAGGUUGGUAUGUGGUAUAUUUUUUGUGUACUGUAUAAAGUUAUGUGUGGUAUGUUUGUGGGAUAGGUUGGAUUGAAGUGAAUUUGGCAUUAAAUACUCACUGCUGUAAUUACUGCAUAAGUUGGCACUGAAUGUGUGUUGUGCCUUCAUCAUUGUUUACGUUUGGUGUGCUUGUAACUUAUUUCAUUGUCAUGUGCUUAUAACAGAUCACGACAUUUGGUAUACAGUAUUCACAAAUUGGAAGGUAGGCAUGCCCAUCUGACCAAAACAUUUGUUUUUCUGAUAUUGUUUCCAUAUACGUACAGGUAUUUAAGUGUUUUUGUCUUGUGGUUAUGUGUAAAAAGGGUUUUUAUAAUGUGUAAAAUAUCUUAAUGUUCUUGUGUGAAUUUCCACUGAAUUUUAAAUAAGACUAUUUAUGACAGCUUAAAUACCAUUUACAGUGUAAAUGUAAACUUGUUAUAAAUUUUUUCAUAGCAUUUUUUUACCUAAUUAUUUACUCAGUAUGUAAAAAGGCAUUAAAAAGAAAAAUAA